UAACUCGUAAAUUCAAUAGUUGAGCAGAUUGUACUGAUAAAUGUUUAGGCUUUGCGUAGAUAUUCGCAAAGUUGUACAUUAAAUGUGUUGUUGAACAUGUUACGGAGUAUUAAAGAAUGGUGGAAUGGGCCUUGGAGAAGACCUGCCAAAGACAAAUGGAACGAACAUUUAUAUGAGCAGCUGAUUGAAGAUGUAAGAACGAUUAAAUUCGGAGCGGGAAUUGAAAGGGCUGGAAUUCUUCUUUGUGGUCCUGUGCAGUCAGGCAAGUCGUCUCUUGUCAACUCAAUAUUCAGCAUAAGCAAAGGAAGGCCAGCAUACGUGUCAGCUGCAGUUGCAUCAGAGAGGAGCGUUACAUUAAAGUAUAUAAAAGCCCCUGACGAUAGUGCUUUUAAAAAUUUUGAAAUCAGAGACACAGCUGGACUAGCGGAAGGGCAAGGACUAGGUUUCAACAUUCAAGAUUUAGCGUACGCAUUAAAUGGAAACAUCAAAGCAGAUUAUAAGUUUCAAGGUGAAGAGCCAAUAAAUGAAUCAGAUAAGUUUUUCGUACAAACCCCGUCCAACAAAGACAAAUCCCAUUGUUUGGUUAUUGUACUAGACGUAACACUUUUGGAUACGAUUACAGACAGACUUUGUAACAAGUUUAGGCAAGUCUUGAGGGAAACGAUAAACCAAGGAGUUCCUAUCGUUGUUAUUCUUACAAAGAUUGACAAGAUACACCCAUAUCUUCUGAAGGACAUCAAGUACCUAUUUCACAGCAGCAUAGUCCAAGAUGCUGUUACAAAGGCAGAAAAUAUUUUAGGAAUUCAAAGGAACAACAUACACCCAAUCGUCAGUUGCUUUGAAAAUACAAAGAUGGAUCCAGUUAAAUGCAUUCCGAUCUUGCUUGCGCUGAAACAAAUCCUUCAAUAUGCAUUUGAUCACAUUGAGCUUCGUGCAUAAUUUGAUUGAGUGAUUAUAGGAAAAAUAUUCAACUGGUUUUUAGUUGAGAAACAAUAUAUCACAGGCUACAUUUAUACACUUAUAUAUAAUUAUGUCUUAGUUUGGUAAUACAGGUGCGUUAUCACAUAUGUGUAGCUUUCAUACUUUUACAGGUAGUUUUUGGCUCUUAAAUUUGCCUUGUGAGUGACUUGUGUGCUAUGGACACAUCUACAGUUAUUAAAUAUAUCACAGAGCUCCUGUGGUAUUCAAAUUUAUCUUUUAAAGGACAAGUUUAACUAACUUUUGACGAGCAUAUUCAUUAAAUACUUGUAAAAUAAACGUUUCUGGUUCAAGUGAGAAUUAAAAGAUCCUAUCUGUAUAUCGACAAGCAAUUUCAGUGAAUUUAUAUCCCCCACCAAAAAAGUUGUUUUCUGACUGAGGUGGGUAUAUUCUAAAAGAUGUUUUAUUUCGAGAUAUGCACAAGUUAUGUACAAAAGGACAGUGCAACGGUUUGUUGGUUCAUAGUUUUUACAAAAUCAAGGGAAAAACUCUGCUCUAUGGUGAUCUAUGAGUUUCAUGAAGACACCGAUGGAUUACUUUGUUUCCUGGGGAUUUGUGAAUUUCGAAACAAUAAAAGAGCAAUAACUCAACAGUUAAUGAAGGAAUUCUGAUGAACGAUACCAAUGCAUCUCCGCCAUAUCGUGAUCUAUAUUUGUAUUAAAUUCCAUUAAGAUCCAUCAAUAGAUUACUUUGUUAUAUGGGAAUUUAUGGAUUGUGAAAUAAUUAAAGGGCAAUAACUCGAUUGAUGAAGAGAUUAGACGAAAUUGCGCUUUCAACGCAGCCAUAUAGUGACAUAUAUUUGUGUAAAGUUUCAUGAAGAUCCAUAGGUUACUUAGAUACAGUAAAAUCCCUUUUUUUUUAAUAAAUCAGUAACUUAGAUACUGUAAAAUCCCAUUUUCUUAAUAAAUCAAGGAAAAACUCUGCUUUAAGUUGGUAAAGGGGGAUAACACUAAAUGUGAGCAAAGGUCAUGUGCUAAUUAAUCAUUGUAUGAGGAUUGGUGAUUCUAAUUAAAAUACUUUUUGAAUUACAUGCAUCUUCAUUUUUUAACCAAAUAAGGGGACAACUGCUGUUACUAAGUCAAGGGGGAUAAUACUACGUAUGAGCGAAGGUAAUACAGUGGAACUUCCGAAAACCGGACCUUCUAAAAACCGGAAAACUUUGAAAACCGCACGAAACUCAAAUUCCCGUUUUUUGUUCUUAUUUCUAUAUAUUGUAACUUCUGAAAACCGGAACUUUCGAAUUCUGAAAACCGGACGAUUUUUAAAGGAUCGUUUAUAUGUUGACACUAAAGUUGACUUCUGAAAACCGAACAGCAAAAUAUUUGCCGGAUUAAAAGUGUCACCCGUCUUUAACAUGUGUUAAUCCAAAAACGCAAGUUGUCAACAUGUUCUUUUGUCUAUCUAUUAGCGGCGCGCGUUUAUUUUUACACGCGUAAUAAUCACAAUGAUCAUUUGAUGCAAAAGUAAGGAAAUAAUCGGCUAUUACUUAAUAUAUUUUGUUUUCAAUUUGUGAAAACGUGAUGAAUUAAAUAUCUUACGUAUGGAAAACUUUCUUAAUGUUUAAAUGAAAGAAAGAUCGGUGUUUUAAUUGAUUUAGUUACAUCGAUUAAACUAUGCACUAUCAACAUCUAUUGAAUAUUGACGAACUCGGGACUUCAAAUAUUGUAAAAUGUUAGUGGAAAAUGUUUAAGUAAAUGCUAUUUUUUAUGUACUGAAAUGGAAAGGGUCGUGUUUACUUCAUCAAAUCAUUUUUGCUUUGCAAAAUGUCUGCUAUAACUCCGUCUAAACGCAAAAGAACAGAAUUAUCCCUUGUGAAUUAAUCAAUUACUUUAUACAAACUUGUACAAUUAUAAAGGAUAAUAACCCCAUUCAUCCUACGUGUAAGAAAAUAUAACUCUAGUGCACUACGUCCUCUUUGCGUGCAAACUUUCAAACUUCUGAAUUCCGGAAACUUCCAAAUACCAACUUUUAGGCUGGUCCGGAGGUCGUUCGGUUUCCGGAAGUUACAUAGCUAUAUGAGAUUUGGUGAUUCUAACUGCAACGCUAUUUGUCGAGUCCGCUGGCGGUGAGCUCGACAUAGUUGUCACAGUGGCGGUUCGGUGUAUGUGCAUGCGUGCGUCCGUCCGUCCGUCCGUCCGUCCCAGUUUGUUCGGGCUAUAACUUAUCCAUGGAUAGUAGUAAUAUAAAUAGCGCUUCUAAAACUGUUUGACCUUAUUUUGACCCUAACCCUUAACCCAAACUGACCAAUGCUGACCAAUUCAAAAACCUUCGAUUUGAUUGACGUAAGUCCCUGAGAACUGGAAGCUCACACAAUUAAAAAAAAAAACACAGGUUUUGAACCCAGUGAAAAAAUAAAAAGUUUUAAAUACAUAUAAUAUAAAUGAGUUUACAGAAUAAAAUAUAUUGUUUAAAAGAAAUAAAAUUUACUGAUAAUACAAAUCCUCAUUAUGUUACAAUAAAAAACGGGAAUAAAAAAUGAUAACGGCUACCUGUUCAUCUUGUGGAAGAAUGAAAUCAAAGUUUGUUAAUAGUACAGCGGGUAAUUUAGAUAUUCAUAAAGCAAUGUUACCUUUAUUACCUAAGAAAGGUUUAACACUCCCAGGAUAUAACUAUUGUGGACCAGGAAAUCCUUUGGAUAAUGGACCUCCUAUUAAUGAACUGGACGCAGUAUGCAUAGACCAUGACUUUUGCUACGAUAGUGGUGUAAAAAAAGGUAUAUGUGACAAGCAAAUGCUUUCCAACUUAAAUAACACUCAAUCAAAAACAUUUGGAGAAAAGAUUGCAAAACAUUUAGUUGUAAAACCAGCAAUUAAAACGAAAUACAAACUUGGACUAGGAAAAAA